GCGCUUCCGAACAAUCGCGGACGACUCACCACCAUCUCUCUACAGACAAUCUCAUUUCUCUUCUAAACUGUCUCCAUCCUUGAAUAUCGUCGAGAACAUGGAUUUCUCUGGCUCAGAGUCAUUUACAUACCACAUGAGCACAGCACUGCUCGACACUCGUCCCAUCAUUAUAUCUGGCCCUUCUGGCGUUGGCAAGGGUACAUUAAUACAAAGAUUGAAGGGCAAUCACCCAACCAUCUUCUCAUCCGCUGUCUCGCACACGACGCGCCAGCCGCAACCUGGCGAGGUUGAGGGAGUCGCCUACUUCUUCUGCUCCGCGCCAGAGUUUCACAGCAUGAAAAUGCGGAAAGAGUUCGUCGAGCACACUUAUUUCAGCGGCAACUUCUAUGGCACGAGCAGGAAAGCCAUGGCUGAGGUGAUGAAGGAGGGUCUGGCCCCCAUCUUGGAUAUCGAGAUGGAGGGCGUCAAGAAGAUACAGUCUUCAGACUUGGUUGCUCGCUAUAUCUUCCUCAAGCCUCCGAGUCUAGAAACACUCGAAGCCAGACUUCGAUCCCGCGGUACCGAAAAUGAAGCGAGCAUCUGACAGCGUUUGGAACAAGCCAAGCUAGAGCUUGAGUUUGCAGAGACUGGAGUGCACGACAUGAUCAUCGUCAACGACGAUCUUGAUGAAGCGUAUCAGCAGCUGGAGGACUUUAUCUUUCCGCAUCGAAUCUAUAGUUAGGUGGCUCCACCAACUAUAUGCAAUAUUGGUAUCUAUCCACAUCUGCACUGAAAGAUGUAUUGCCCGCCCUGUGGCAAGAUGACCCUUUAUCAGGGCUUAGAGGGCUUACUCAAGUCAUGGCUUGGCCUCGUGCCUAAUCCAUCUUCCCAUCCAACGUCGAUUGAUCUCCUUUGCCUCUUCCACCAUUCCUAGCUCUAGCAACAAUUGAAUCGUCCCCCUUGCAGCGGAGUAUAUAGCUGAGCUAAUCCAAGCCUGCGUCGGGGCUGUAUGCUCACCAAUGAAGAUAGUAUUGUGCUCCG